AUGACCGGCGCCGAGCUCUCCAUGGAGCCCGAAUCCAUGACAGAAUCCUUGGUGGGCGAUCAGUACUCCACGUACAAUCUCGGGCCCUACGGCCAAGCGACGGUCCCUAUGCAGGCCCACCCCCUGCCACAGAACUCCCUGACGUACCCGCCCCCCUACAACGCGAGCUUCUCGGCAUACCAGCCGGUGGCUCCUAACAAUAGUUCUUAUCCGUCUGGCCCGUAUAGUUCAACGUAUUCGUCCUCCCAGAUGUGA